UUUUCUUCUUCUUCUUCAUUACACUUAUUUUUUCUUCUUCUAAUGAAUAAUUAUUAUCACGAAGCAGAACGUUCAUUACUUUUGAAUCAACCAUUAGAUUCAAAGGUAGCUGAUCAGCUAUUACCAAAUAUACGAUCCUUGUAUGAAGAUAUGUUAUCUGGUCAAUAUGCAGCUCUUGUUAAAAAAAGUCUAUUAUUCAACACCAAUACAAAAUACUCACUGGAUAUAUCUUUGGAAGAAUGGGUACAACAAUGUAUUGAAACUCUUUUAUCGCCAUCAACUAUUAAACAAGAAGAAGAAGAAUUGGAACGAUUACAUAGUCUUUUUUUGACAGCAAUAGCGUGUUUGAAUAUAUUUAUACAACAGAAUUGGACGGGGCCACUGGUGGACUUGACGAUAUCAGAACUUGUUGGGUUAGACGAUCACAGUAAACUUCAUGCACAAUGUCUAAAUAGUCUUUCGGCAGAUGGAGAACAAGUAUAUCAUUUAUCCGACCAAUUGGGUUAUCUCGUAGUGGCAAAGACAAUUUUAUUAUCUCUCAAGAACCAAGAUGUAUUAUUGACUAAUGUACUUUGGGCUCGACGUGCUGUGUUUAUUCAACAACAACUUUUGGAUGAAUGUACUGGGACAUUACAGGACUUAUUGACCGACUUGACCAAUAUGAUUGGAAAAAAUAAGCUUUUGUUGGAUGACAAGCAAUUACGUGUACGGUAUGAAUUAGAAACAGCAUUGGUAUAUAGUUAUUUUGGACAAGAUAAGGAUGCAUUUGAUCAAAUGAAACAAGCUCAGGUUACUUCUGGAUUCCAAUGGUCAUUGACAGGUGCUUUGGGCAAACGAACCAAGUUUCAAACAUUCGAUGUAUCUCAAUUAGUGGUCUUGGCAGAAAGUGAACAACAACAACAACAACAACAAGAAAAAGAAGAAGAUACGAUGGCUAAACCUGAAACGUUGGAUUUGAAUGAUGAUACUCUAUUGGACAAGAUUUCAUUCACAAAAACAGAGGACAAUGAUCGUGAUGCAACCAAACGUCAUGGUAAUCUUCUUGUGAUUGAUCAAGCUUUACUUUUAGCCUUUUGUCUUAAUGUGAAGAACACCAAUCCUGAUCAUGGCAUGACUUAUGAAGAAAUGGUACCUUAUGUGACGCGUGUACUGGAAAACUGCAACAAUUGGAUGGUGCAUACUAUGUCUUUGCUCUUACGAUCUCGUUUGGAAGCUCAUAAAUCAAGAACAGUGGAACGCUCAGCUCUGCAAUUACAAGCAUUGGUGGAUCAAAUCAAAUUGGACAGUACUGAAGAGGAUGUGGCAAAUGCACAAGAUCGUUUGGCUUACUUUUAUGAUCUUUUACUUCCAAGCAAGUGGGAAAUGGAACGUGAAUUAGCAAGACGAUUUGUAUCUCUUGGUGUGAUCCGAUCAGCUUUGGAAAUCUUUGAACGAUUGGAAAUGUGGGAAGAUGUGGUAUCUUGUUAUCAAAUGUUGGAACAACCUCAAAAGGCCAAGGAAGUACUGGAACGACUUUUGGAAGCUGAUCCAAACUCGCCUAAACUAUGGUGUAUCAUGGGGGAUGUGCUUAUGGAUCCUGAAUUAUGGCACAAGGCGUGGCAUCUUAGUGGUGGCAAGUUUGCUCGUGCAAUGCGUAGUCUUGGUUCUUAUCAUUACAAGAAGAAUGAAUAUGAAAAGGCGAUUGAAUAUUAUCAACAAGCUUUGGCCAUCAAUCCAUUAUUUGAAGGAUCCUGGUAUGUGAUGGGAUGUGCAGCGAUGAUGGUCGAACAAUGGGAUAUUGGUAUCAAGGCAUUCCAACGUGUUGUGAAUCUGGACAAUGAACAAGCCGAGGCAUGGAACAAUCUAUCAAGUAUCUAUGUACGUACCGAUCGAAAAUUGGAUGCAUUUUUGGCUCUCAAGCAAGCAUGUAAACUCAAGUUUGACAAUUGGCAGAUGUGGCAAAAUCUUCUCGUGGUAUCAGUGGACAUUGGACAAUUUGCGGAUGCAAUUUGGGCGAUGCAACGUGUGGUGGAUUUGCGAUGGGACAAGGUACGUGAAGAAGCAGUGGAUAUACAAGUACUCCAUAUGAUCGUGGCUAGUGUGGUACAAAAUUGGCCUGAUGUGCACAAUCAAGAAGGACGACGGUUAGCAAGACAUGUACAACGAUUACUGGAAAAUGUCAUUCUCAGUCGGAUCACCAACUCACCUGACAUUUGGCGGAUUGCAGCUCGAUUCUAUGUAUGGCAAGAAAACUGGAAAGAUGCUUUGGAUGCUACUAUCAAGGCUUACCGCGCAGUGAUGCAUGAUCCUCGAUUAGAAAGUGAUGUUAAGAUAUUUGAAGAUGUGGCUCGCUGGGCAUUGGAAUUAGUCGACAUGUAUGAAAAUGUGGGUAAUCGUGGUGAAUGUGAUGACUGGAAUUAUCAAUCAAGGUUGAUUCUCAAAGGAUUAAUGGGCAAGGUACGUGAUAUUUUUGAUGAUACUCCUACCUAUGAUCUUCUCAAGGACCGUUUGGAUGAAUUGAAGCAAACUUAGGGAUUAGAUAUAUGUAUAUUUAUUAUGAUCAUCUUGAUAAUAAAAAGUAAAAAUAUCAUCAUUUCUUUUUUUU